AUAUUUGAGGUAAAUUAUCUGAAAUGUGUCACAUAGAUUGGAAGAGUCAAGUUAUUUCAAUGGCGGAGCCAGAGAUCCCUUCCGAAUUUCCCUAUCGUGGGAGAAAACGGCAGGCAGGAGAAGAAGAAGAGGAGAAUAUGAAUAAAGAUGAUGAUUCUGACGAUAGCGAUUAUUCUAUAGGUUACGAUUCCGAUGAUCCCAUUUUUGAAAUUCUGGAAGGUAAAGCAGAUCGCAAGAUCUGGACGCAGUAUUACAGGGAGUGGGAUGAGAGCGAGGGUUUUGAUAUCUCUGUCUUUCCGGGUACCUCUUUUAUGGCUGGAAUUGCACAACAAUACGAUCACCUGACGAGUCCAAAGGUAAAACAGGAAUACACUGAGCUGUGCAAAUUGGCAAUUAAGAAAUUCAAUUCAGAGAAUGAUAAAAUGUAUGCUUUCGAAGAAAUUGUAACAGUAAAUGCAUCGUUUGCUGCUGGGACGUGGUAUUAUUUCACCUUUAAAGCCCGUGAUGCUACUGUUGAUGUUGAUGAUGCUGAUGCAAUAAAAACUUUUCAAGCAUUGGUGUGGCAUGGAAUCGAUGAAAUCAUUGAUGUGGAUUUUUGCAGGCUUAAGAAAUUUUUAACUAAUGAAGAUAAGAAGAAUAUGAGAGAGGAAAGGAAGAAGAAACUUCAACAGCGUCGUGAAGCAGUUGCAAAGUUUAAGCAAGAUAACCCUUCUCUUGUGAAGUCCUUUGUACCUAGAUUGGUCAUAGAGGAGUUGUCUAAGGGAAAACCAGGCGGGAGAAAAGCUUACCCAGGAUUUAAGAUUGGUAUACGUUAUACAUGCAAGCUGCAGGAGAAUGACAAAAUAUUCGAUACAAAUAUUGGGAAAGGAGACCCUCUUGAAUUUCGUAUAGCUUCUGGUCAACUUAUAAAGGGAUGGGAAAUUGGUGUAAAUGGCAUGCGCGUUGGGGACAAAAGAAGAAUUACAAUCCCACCAGAAUUAGGGUAUGGGGCUAAAGGUGAUGGUGGCAUCGUACCACCUGAUUCAUGGCUGGUAAUUGAAGUUGAGUUGAUAUAUGUUGAUCGGCCUACUUCCACAUGACGAACAUUAUUCUUCCAUUAUGUAGAAUCCUAUAAUUGUUGUUGUGACCUUCUCUUUAAGCCGAUUGUUGCACGAACAAUUUCAGUUGAUGAAAGACCAAAAACAUUUGGAUGAUCAUGUUUUUCCUUAGGCUA